UUUUCAUGUAGAAUUAGCUCUUAAAAUUUUUCAUACUUAUUUACUAACACCCUGUAUAUUUAGCCGACUUUAAAAUUGGUAUUUUUUCACGUUUCAUGUCUCAAUUAAAAAAUAUUUAAAUUUUCAAAAUUUUUCCAAUGGUUUGGAAAAAACCUGUUUUUUCUCAAUUUUUCCCUUUUUUUUUUCGAUAUGUUAAAUCUCUACACGUUACUAAAGAAAAGCGUUUCUUAAAAAAAUUUUCAUAUUUUUUUAUUUAUACCUAAUUUGGUUUUUAUUUCAGGUGAUGCACAGGAUAUUACAGCGAAAGUUACCAAACCAUUCAGUGGUCCCAAAGUACAUUUGAAAACUAAUAAAGGUGAAAGACCAUAUAAAUGUGAAAUUUGUAGUAAGCUGUUUACUACUAAAGGUAAUUUAAAGCAGCAUAAGAUAGUUCACAGUGGUGAAAAACCAUAUGAAUGUGAAAUUUGUAAUAAGCAGUUUACUAAACAAAGUUAUUUAAAGGAUCAUAUGAGAACUCACACUAAUGAAAAACCUUAUAAACGUGAAAUAUGUUUUAAAAAGUUUUCUCAAAAACGUCUUUUAAAUAUACAUAUGGCAGUUCACUCUGGUGAAAAACCUUAUAAAUGUGAAAUUUGUAGUAAGCAGCUUUCCCACAAAAAUACUUUAAUUUAUCACAUGAGAGUUCACACUGGUGAAAAACCUUAUGAAUGUGAAGUUUGUGGUAAGCAGUUUACUGUAAUAAGUCAAUUAAAUACUCAUAAAAGAUUUCACACUGGUGAAAAACCUUAUAAAUGUGAAAUUUGUAGUAAGAAGUUUACCCUAAAAAGUACUUUUAAUAGUCAUAUGAAAGUUCACAAUAGUGAAAAACCAUAUGAAUGUGAAAUUUGUAGUAAGCUGUUUACUACUGAAAGUAAUUAAAAUACGCAUAAAAGAGUUCACACUGGUGAAAAACCUUAUAAAUGUGAAAUUUGUAAUAAGCUGUUUACACAAAUUAGUAAUUUAAAUACUCAUAAAAGAGUUCACACUGGUGAAAAACCUUAUAAAUGUGAAAUUUGUAGUAAGCAGUUUAGUGCACAAAAAACUUUACAUAAUCAUAAUAGAGUUCACACUGGUGAAAAACCUUAUAAAUGUGAAGUUUGUAGUAAACAGUUUACGAAAAUUUGUAAUUUAAAUACUCAUAAAACAGUUCACACUGGUGAAAAACCUUAUAAAUGUGAAAUUUGUAGUAAGCAGUUUAGUGCACAAAAAACUUUACAUAAUCAUAAUAGAGUUCACACUGGUGAAGGACCUUUAUAAAUGUGAAAUUUGUAGUAAGCAGUUUAGCCGAUUAAGUAGUUUAAAUUAUCAUAUGAGAGUUCACAAUAGGUUCAUCUCUUUUUAUCUCACAACUUAAUAUGUUUUCCAUCUUCUGCGUUACUUUGCCGGUUAUUAGUGCGCUCAUCACUGUAUAUAGACUACUGUUCUACUAAUAACCAUAUAUUUAGCUCCUAUAUAGUGUCAUACGGGCACAAAUGUACGUACAAGAAACGAUACAAGAAAAUGUAUAUAACUUUCUAAUAUCAGAAACGAUAUUAGAAAUGACACAAGAACAUGCUUAGUUUAAGAUAUGACUAUGAGAUUUCAAAAGCCAAUCUGCCUGAUGUCAGGACAACAAUUAUUGUCAAUGAAACUAGAAGUUUUAUGAAAUGUUGGUUA